ACGAUAUUCACCACUCACUACUAUACGAUCGUGGAAGACUCUCAGAGCGCGUUGAUGCUGGAUCGAUAUUCGACCCUGGAUGGCUUCCAUUACUUCGUCUUCCAGCGGGCGAUCUUCUUCAGCUGCCGCCAAUGUAGUGCUCCCGUAUCGGAUGCACGUCUCACAAAGAUAUCUCGAUUUGACUCGAAAGAAGCUGGAUCUGACACGCUUGCCUCGUGAACCACGAUCUCGACAAGCGGCACCAUGGGGCUUUGGAGUCGCCAAAACCGAUUUGGAGCCCAUCAUCGACCACUGGACGGAAGAGUAUGACUGGCGAACCCGGGAGGCACACUACAACGACACUCUACCACAGUAUCGCGUGGUGAUCCAGGGCAUCCGGUUGCACUACGUGCACAAACGAUCCAUGUCGCCAAAUGCCAUGCCAAUCAUAUUCUGUCAUGGAUUUCCCGAAAGCUUUAUCGGUAUCUCUCAUAUGAUGGAGGGGCUCACCAACCCUCUGUCUACACCAACUACCGGCAGUGAGAAUCUGCCGUCUUUUCAUGUCGUGGUCCCUAGUAUUCCAGGUUUCGGCUUCAGUGACAUGGUCGCGGAAGAAGGAAAUAACAUUGCGUCGACGGCAGAGCUGUUUGACGCCUUGAUGAAGUCGCUUGGCUACCCCAGGUACAUCGCUACAGGAAGUGGAUGGGGGCUCAACAUCUGCCGUCUCAUGGCCCUCACGCAUGGCGAGAGUUGUAUGGCUAUACACACCGCGAACCCCGAUUUGCCAGAUCCACGCUACGCCCACAUGCAACAGCCCCUCUCCAUGCCUGCUUCUCCCACCAGCUACUCCCCUCCUCAAACCCCCGGCGCCCAGCCCGUGACUCUCGAACGGCCACAAACAGUAGCCUACGCGCUCUGCGACUCUCCCACCGGACUCAUGGCGCACGUCUACGACGCCAUCAGCCCCUCUUGCCCUGGAGAGAACAACAAUAACAAUAGCCCCAUCAGCACCAAAAGCAGCAGCGGCGGCGGCGGCGGAGACGAAGACUUCCACGACACCCCCUGCUGGACACCCACGACCCUCAUCGACUGGUGCAUGCUCUACUGGCUCCCCGGCCCCGAAGUCGCUCUCCGCUGGCUCAUGAAUUCCGCCCCUAUGAUCCCCAAACUCUGGCGCAGCCACUGUCCCGUGCCCCUCGCCAUCUCCCACUUCAGCGACCCUCACAACACCUCCGGAGGUACCCAAUGGGCAGAAAGUUACCACCACAUCGCCCUCAUCAGUCGCCGCUCUGCAGUCGUCGUCGGAGGAGGCGGCGGCGGUUCUCGUGGUGCUCGCGGUACUGGUAAUGCUAGUAGCCAAGUCCGAUUCGCAGCCUGGGAGCGUCCGGCAGAAAUGGUAGCGGAUAUUCGAGCUUUGGCAUGUUAUAUUGCGCCGGUGUUUUGGGGCGGCUUUUCCCCUUUGCCUUCGCCUGGCGCGAGGCAGCAGCAGCAGAUUGUCGUUCCGUCGAAUAUGCCUCCUCCUCCUACGACUAUGGGGUCGAUGGGGAGAGUAGGAGGAGGAUAUUGAAACUUUGGAAGAUGAUCUGUUGCUCUUGCUUGCUGCGAUGAUGAUUUAUUCUUAUUCUUAUUUU